AUGCUUCGUGCAUCUCCGGCCUUCCCUACUUCCGCUCCUACGCCUUCCCGCCUCCUCCUACCGCCCAGCUCCCUCGUGCGCCUCGCAGCCUGUGGCCUCGCCCGCGGGCUCCGCCCCACAGCCGCACCGCUCCGGCCUCGUUGCCGCUUCCCGCCCGCGCGCGACCCGACUCCGCGCCGCGACUCCGCCCGGCCAGCAGGGUGCGCCCACGGCUCCGUGCCGCGCCUCCGCUUGGCUUGCCGGCUCGCUGCCCGCGCCGGGUAUGCCGCCCCACGGCUCCGGCAUGCUCCGCCGAGCUCCCCGCGUGACGCCCUGCCUCGGCUGCGCCCCGCCCUCCCGAGCCACUCCCGACGCGCCGCUCCGGCCGUCCCCGCGCGACGCUCCGUCGCGCCCCGUGCGCCCGCCAGCCGCACGACUAUGCUCUCCUCCCGCCUGGCCGCCAGCCGGACUCCGCGUCCCGCGCCGGCCGGGGCCGCCGCUACCGCCACCCGCACGCCGGCUCCGCCUCGCCACUCCGCGUCCCGCACUGGCCGGGUAGCCGCUGCCGCCUCCUGCGCGUGGCCCGUCCGCGCCCAAGCCGCUCCCCGCGCCGCUCCUCUGCCCGCCCGCUCCGGGCGCGCCAGCCGCCUGCCGGCUUUCGCGUGCGCCGGCUCCCGCUGCUCAGCAGUUGCGGCCGACUGCUCGUGCAAAGAAAGGGCCGGCUAA